UCUGUCAAUUUGAAAGAGAAUCCUUUUUUCUCCAACUCUAAAAGUUGACUACGUAAAAUUUGCAUAUACAUAUAGACAUGAUAUUCACAAAGCAACUGUAGUUUAGAGCUUAGUUACUUCUCCUAAGCUAACAAUGGAGAUGCUCAAGAAUUUUCUCUGUAUCUCAUUUCUUGUUUUUGGUUUUCUGCUUCUUGUUCAUGCACAGGACCAAUCAGGCUUCAUUAGCUUGGAUUGUGGGCUACCCCGAAACUCAAACUACUCUGAACCAGGAACAAAAAUAAAUUACAUCUCAGACGCAGACUUCAUCGAUACCGGUUCAAGUGAAAGCAUAAAGCCUGAAUAUAAAGCUAACCUUCAACAGCAAGCUGCCUAUGUCCGGAGCUUCCCUGAAGGCAUCAGAAACUGUUACACAAUAAACGUUACAAGCGGUACCAAGUAUUUGAUCAGAUCCAGUUUCUUGUACGGUGAUUAUGACGGCCUAAAUAAGCUACCGCAAUUUGAUUUGCAUUUUGGACCAAACUAUUGGGAGACCAUAAAAUUUGACGAGGUAACCUCAAGUACCAUCAAGGAGAUUGUUCAUGUUCCUUUAAUGGACUAUGUUCAUAUCUGUCUUGUCAACACCGGAAAAGGGACACCCUUUAUUUCUGCUCUGGAGCUAAGGCCUUUGACAAAUUCUUCUUAUGCUAGCUCUGGGUCAUUGGCACUCUACUUUCGCCUAGAUACUGGUUCAGUUUCCAAUUCAUCAUACAGGUACCCUUAUGACAUUUUCGAUCGACUGUGGUUGCCAUAUAGCUAUUCCAAAUGGACGCAAAUAACAACCAAUGCUACCAUUGACAGUGGAAGUCACAAUAGUUAUCAGCCAGCAUCUAUUGUCAUGAAUACCGCGGCCACGCCAAUAGAUGCUACAGCUCCUAUGGAAUUCUAUUGGGUGCCUUCGGAUCCAAGUUUGGAAUUUUUUGUGUACAUGCACUUUGCUGAACUCCAUAAGAUGAAAGCCAACGAAUCUAGAGCAUUCAAUAUCAAUUGCAAUGGGAAGCUCCUAUAUGGACCUCUUUCCCCUGAUUACUUGUACACCACCACCAUAUUCACACCAACUUCCUUGACUGCUGAAAACUUCACAUUUUCACUCGUUCAGCUCGACAACUCAACCCUGCCACCUAUCCUUAAUGGCCUUGAGGUCUAUACUCUGAUAGAUUUCUCCCAGUCAGAAACAGAAAAAGAUGACGUUGAUGCCAUCACCAACAUAAAGUCAACUUAUGGUGUGAACAAAAACUGGCAAGGAGAUCCAUGUGCUCCAGUUUCGUACGUAUGGGCAGGUCUAAAUUGCAGCUACAGAGGCUUAGAUCCACCUAGAAUCAUAUCCUUGAAUUUGUCUUCGAGCGGAUUGACUGGCGACAUAGCCCCAUACAUAUCUAGUCUCACCAUGUUACAAACCUUGGAUUUAUCAAACAAUAACUUAUCCGGAUCAAUUCCUGAGUUUCUGUCUCAAAUGCCAAACUUGAAAUUCCUGAACUUGGAGAACAACAAGCUCAACAGCUCGGUUCCAGCUAAACUCAUUGAGAAAUCAAACGCUGGUUCUCUAUCAUUAGGCAUGGGAGGAAAUCCGGACCUAUGUCAGUCAUCUUCAUGCAAAAAGAAGAAGAGCAAUAAUGUUUUAGUUCCAGUACUAGCAUCAGUUGGUGGUGUCGUUGUCGUUGUCGUUUUGUUAGUAGCCGGAGCUAUUUUGUUUAUCCCAAAACGGAAAAGAAAUCAAGUUGAAGCAGGUAAAAUAAAUGCAGAAUCCGGCCAUCCAAAUGAUUCAUUUGAAUCCAGAAAACGCCAAUAUACAUAUUCUGAGGUCCUAAAAAUGACAAGCAACUUUGAGAGAGUUCUUGGUAAAGGAGGAUUUGGAAUGGUUUAUCAUGGUGUCCUCACAGAUGGCACUGAAGUAGCUGUGAAGAUGCUUUCUCCUUCAUCAGUUCAGGGUUAUCAACAAUUUCAAGCUGAGGUUAAGCUUCUUCUUAGAGUUCAUCAUCGAAACUUGACUAACCUUGUUGGAUAUUGCAACGAAGGAACCAAUAUGGCACUUAUUUAUGAAUACUUGUCCAAUGGAGAUUUACACUCUCAUCUUUCAGACAACAGCGAGGUAAACGUCUUGAGUUGGGAAGGUAGACUAAAGAUAGCAUUGGACUCGGCACAAGGGUUGGAAUAUUUACAUCAUGGAUGCAAACCACCAAUUGUGCACAGAGAUGUGAAAACUACAAACAUAUUGCUAACUGAUAAUUUCCAAGCCAAAAUAGCCGAUUUUGGCCUAUCCAGAUGUUUCCCCACUGAUGGUGGCACUCAUGUCUCCACAGUCGUUGCUGGCACCCCAGGAUACCUUGAUCCUGAGUACUCAAUAACAAACAGGCUCCAUGAGAAAAGUGAUGUUUAUAGCUUUGGAGUUGUUCUCUUGGAGAUGAUCACAGGCCGACCCGCCAUAGUUAGAGGUCAUGAGAAGCCUCACAUAAGCCAAUGGGUCAGUUCCAUUCUAUCUAAUGGAGAUAUCAGAAAUGUUGUUGAUCAAAGAUUACGUGGAGAUUACGAGGUUAAUUCUGUGUGGAAAGCUGUUGAGGUAGCCAUGGCUUGUGUUUCUCCAACAUCCGCUAAAAGGCCAAACAUGAAUCAGGUGGUGACUGAAAUACAGGAUUGUUUGGCAACUGAGUUAUCUAGGAAGAACGAAAGCCUUGUGACUGAUUCAGCAACUUCCAUUGAAACCUUCUCUAUAACUGGAACUACAGAACUUAGUCCCUUGGCAAGGUAGAACUUCGCGUAGAACAUCCAUCUUGCUAGAUGGGUGCCUUUGUUUUGGAUUUUCAUAUAUUUGCACCUUACUUUUGUUCCUCUCAAUUCUUCUGUUGACGAUGAUAAUAUGUAAUUGUCUAUGAUACAGUAACAUGCAGUCCAGUUUUGUAUAAGAUCAUGAUAUUAAUCAUCAUGAUGAUGCCAUUCAUUUUUUGUUUAGCUUGAAAAAUAUAAAUGAUGGAAUUAUUUAUCAUGUUCAU